AAGGCACCGUGUUUCCUAGCUGAUCUUUGUGCGGAGCGAAGCAGCCGCGGAGAACAGGCUCACUCCGAACCGAGGAACACAGAGGGGAACACCGACUCUGGAGGCCAGAAAACCACCCCUACAGCGAUUACACCGCCACAGCGACGAUCCUAACAUGGUCAUCGGGUGAAGAGUGUUCAGGCGGAGGAGUGGCAGACAGCGCCAUCAGGCGUGCAGAGGGGGGACUGCAUCCCGUCUCACAGCCGUUCACCUGCAUCCCGAAGCUCUUCUGCAGCCGCCAGAUGGACUGCAAGCUCUGAGAGCGCAGAGAGUCAGGACCCAAAUCAGCUGAGGAGAGGAGCCAGGGAGGGGAGCAGGAAAGGGUUGGGAGAGGAGAGGAGAGGACGAGGGAACCUACCAUGUCGUCAAACAGGACCCAGAACCCUCACGGACUGAAACAGAUUGGCCUGGACCAGAUAUGGGACGACCUGCGGGCUGGCAUCCAGCAGGUGUACACGCGGCAGAGCAUGGCCAAGUCGCGCUACAUGGAGCUCUACACACAUGUAUAUAACUAUUGUACCAGCGUCCACCAGUCCAGCCAGGGCAGGGGAUCUGUACCUCCAGCCAAACCCUCCAAGAAGUCCACCACUCCAGGCGGGGCUCAGUUUGUUGGCCUGGAGCUCUACAAACGACUCAAGGAGUUCCUGAAGAACUAUCUGACCAGCCUGCUCAAGGACGGCGAGGACCUGAUGGACGAGUGCGUGCUGAAGUUUUACACCCAGCAGUGGGAGGACUACCGCUUCUCCAGUAAGGUCCUGAACGGGAUCUGUGCCUACCUCAACCGCCACUGGGUCAGACGGGAGUGUGACGAGGGCCGGAAAGGGAUCUACGAGAUCUACUCUCUGGCGCUGGUGACCUGGAGGGAGUGUUUAUUCCGACCUCUCAACAAACAGGUUACAAACGCUGUUCUGAAGCUGAUCGAGAGGGAGAGGAACGGCGAGACCAUCAACACCAGACUGAUCAGCGGCGUGGUCCAGUCCUACGUGGAACUGGGUCUGAACGAGGAGGACGCCUUCGCCAAAGGUCCUACGCUGUCCGUCUACAAAGAGUACUUUGAAUGUCAGUUCCUCACUGACACGGAGCGGUUCUACACGCGGGAGAGCACCGAGUUCUUGCAGCAGAACCCCGUCACAGAGUACAUGAAGAAGGCGGAGGCCCGCCUCCUGGAGGAGCAGCGCCGUGUGCAGGUUUACCUCCACGAGUCCACACAGGACGAGCUGGCCCGGAAGUGUGAGCAGGUCCUCAUUGAGAAGCACUUGGAGAUUUUCCACACAGAGUUCCAGAACCUGCUGGAUGCAGACAAGAACGAAGAUCUGGGCCGCAUGUACAACCUGGUGUCGCGGAUCACAGACGGUCUGGGCGAGCUGAAGAAACUUCUGGAGACCCACAUCCACAACCAGGGCCUGGCCGCCAUCGAGAAGUGUGGAGAGGCCGCGCUCAACGACCCCAAAGUUUACGUCCAGACCACCCUGGACGUCCACAAGAAGUACAACGCUCUGGUGAUGUCCGCCUUCAACAACGACGCCGGCUUCGUGGCGGCGCUCGAUAAGGCCUGCGGUCGGUUCAUCAACAACAACGCCGUCACCAGGAUGGCCCAGUCCUCCAGCAAGUCCCCCGAGCUGCUGGCCAGAUACUGCGACUCCUUACUGAAGAAGAGCUCCAAAAAUCCAGAGGAGGCAGAGCUGGAGGACACCCUCAACCAAGUGAUGGUUGUGUUCAAGUACAUCGAGGACAAAGAUGUUUUCCAGAAGUUUUACGCCAAGAUGCUGGCCAAACGCCUGGUCCACCAGAACAGCGCCAGCGACGACGCAGAGGCCAGCAUGAUCUCCAAACUGAAGCAAGCGUGCGGCUUCGAGUACACGUCCAAGCUGCAGCGGAUGUUCCAGGACAUCGGCGUCAGCAAAGACCUGAACGAACAGUUCAAGAAACACCUCAGCAACUCAGAGCCUCUGGACUUGGACUUCAGUAUCCAGGUUCUGAGCUCUGGCUCCUGGCCUUUCCAGCAGUCGUGCACCUUCGCUCUGCCCUCAGAGCUGGAGCGAAGCUACCAGCGCUUCACAGCGUUCUACGCCAGCAGACACAGCGGCAGGAAGCUCACCUGGCUGUAUCACCUGUCCAAAGGAGAGCUGGUCACCAACUGCUUCAAGAACAGGUACACUCUGCAGGCCUCCACCUUCCAGAUGGCCAUCCUGCUGCAGUACAACACGGAGGACAGUUACACGGUGCAGCAGCUCACCGACAGCACACAGAUCAAAACUGACAUCCUGGUUCAGGUUCUGCAGAUCUUGUUAAAGUCCAAGCUGCUGGUUUUGGAGGACGAGAACGCCAACGUGGAUGAGGUGGAGUUCAAACCGGACACCGUCAUCAAACUUUUCCUCGGAUACAAGAACAAGAAGCUGAGGGUGAACAUCAACGUCCCCAUGAAGACUGAGCAGAAACAGGAGCAGGAGACGACCCAUAAGAACAUCGAGGAGGACAGGAAGCUCCUGAUUCAGGCGGCCAUAGUGAGGAUCAUGAAGAUGAGGAAGGUCCUGAAGCACCAGCAGCUCCUGGCUGAAGUCCUGAACCAGCUGUCGUCCCGAUUCAAACCCAGAGUUCCCGUCAUCAAGAAAUGCAUCGACAUCCUGAUAGAGAAGGAGUACCUGGAGCGAGUGGACGGAGAGAAGGACACCUACAGCUACCUGGCCUGACCUCCAUCGCCCGCCGGCCGACUCCCCUCACUUUGAUUUUUAUUUGUAACGUUUUUUUUAUUUGAUGUCUGACUAAAUAAAGUGUGGAUCCCUCUGAGGGGCGGAGUCGUCCAACCAUGUGACAGCAAACCACCGAGCGGAGGAGGAGGGUUUUCUGCUCGCUCUGUAGUGAUGAAGGAAGAAACGCCCCUCCUGUUGAGGCUGGGAAACCCCGUGUACACGCUCGCCCGUCCCAUCGACUCCAACUCGCCUUCGUCAUGUUGUAAAUAACAGCCAGACUGUAAGAGGAACACAACCCUCCUCUGCAUAGUGCAAACGUUAAUGAAUUAGUCUAUCAGAGGAGAGCCGCAUUCAAAGGUUUCUGCAUGCUACUGCCUACCUGCACCACGAUUAGAGACAGCUGGGUCGCUGAGCGGACGAACGAGGAUCAAACCAACGCAGGAGGCCUCGAUGCCCGCUGGGGCGCUCCGGUCCGAGGUCGGGUUCAUGCAGGAGGCCUGAUUCAUUACUGACCGGUGGACAUUUGUAUAGUGUGGUUCAUUUUCUAAAUGUGUGAUAAAUAAAAACAAGGAAAGAUUUCUCUAA